AUGCCCUUGUUUAAAAAGUUUGUUGAACCUGGUCGUCUAUGUCUUUUGACAUACGGACCUAACUCUGGAAAGCUUGUUUUCGUGGUUGAUGUGGUCACUCCCUCAAGGAUUCUCGUCGAUGGUGCUGACGUUACAGGUGUUAAGAGGCAGCAGGUUCCAAAGACCUGGCUUAAGUUGACUGACGUUAAGGUCGACCUACAGAGAGGUGCGAAGACCAAGACCGUUUCCAAGGUCGCCAAGGCCGAAAAGGCCCUAGAGCUGUUCGACAAAACGUCCCUCGGAAAGAAGCUCCGCGUUGUAGAGAAGAAGAAGAACUUGAACGACUUCCAGAGGUUCAAACUAAUGGUAGCGCAGCGCCAGAGGAGGAAGCUUCUGAAGCUUUAA